UUUCGCUAGACGAGAGAGGUGGUCAAAAGACUUGGACUUCGAGAGAGAGGGAGUAGCGAGCGGAAACUGAGGCUUGAUUAGAUCAAUGGCGACUAGAUCGCUUCUCCUCUUCCUUCUGCUCUCCUCGAUCCUCGCAGUCAACUUCGCCGUUGCCGCCUCUAAUUCGAAGAAAGAGACUGAGGAUAUCGACCUCGACGACGACCUCAGUUUCCUCGAAGACUCCGACGACGACUCCUCUUCUGCCUCUCAUUCUUUCCCCCAUGAAACCGACCACGGCGACACCGAUGUCGGGGACUUUGAUUCCGACGAGUUCGAGGGUUUCGACCCCGAAUCGUACGGAGGAGAAGAGCCACCAGCGCCGGAGAUCGAUGAGAAGGACGUCGUGGUUCUAUCCGAGGGGAACUUCACUGAGUUCGUCGAGAAGAAUCGGCACGUGAUGGUGGAGUUCUACGCUCCGUGGUGCGGUCACUGCCAGGCUUUGGCUCCUCAGUACGCGGCAGCGGCGACGGAGCUCAAGGACGAGGACGUGGCUCUGGCGAAGGUGGACGCAACGGAGGAGAACGAUCUCGCGCAGAAGUACGACGUCCAAGGGUUUCCAACUGUGGUUUUCUUUGUGGAUGGGGUUCACAGGCCUUAUCCAGGCCACAGGACUAAAGAUGCUAUUGUGACCUGGAUCAAGAAGAAGAUUGGACCUGCAGUAGAGAAUGUAACAACAACUGAGGAAGCAGAGAAGAUCCUGACUGCUGAAAACACUCUUGUUUUGGGAUUUUUUGACUCUCUAGUGGGUGCUGACAGUCUGGAGCUUGCUGCUGCUUCAAAGCUUGAAGAUGGUGUAAAUUUUUAUCAAACUGCCAAUCCUGAUGUGGCAAAGCUUUUCCAUAUUGAUCCAAAAUCAAAGCGUCCUUCUUUGGUGUUAUUGAAGAAGGAAGCUGAGAAGUUGUCGCACUUUGAUAGUCAGUUCACUCAAUCUGGUAUACUUGAGUUUGUAUCUGCCAACAGGCUUCCUCUAGUGAAUAUCUUUACUAGGGAAAACGCUCCAAGCAUUUUUGAAAAUCCAAUUAAAAAACAGCUUUUGCUCUUUGCGACUUCCAAAGAUUCUGAGAAAGUUUUGCCAAUCUUCCAAGAAGCUGCAAAAUUGUUUAAGGGAAAGCUUAUCUUUGUCUACGUGGAGAUUGAUAACGAGGACAUUGGUAAACCAGUUUCGGACUACUUCGGUGUCACUGGAGAUGGUCCUAAUGUUUUGGCAUACUCAGGAAACGAUGAUGCCAAGAAAUUCAUACUUGAUGGUGAAGUGACAGUAGACAGCAUUAAGGCAUUUGCGGAGGGUUUCCUCGAAGAUAAGCUCAAACCAUUCUACAAAUCAGACCCAAUACCUGAGACUAAUGAUGGGGAUGUGAAAAUUGUCGUGGGCAAUAACUUUGAUGAUAUUGUCUUGGAUGAAUCCAAGGAUGUCCUUCUCGAGAUAUAUGCUCCAUGGUGCGGUCACUGCCAAUCUCUGGAACCAAUUUACAACAAGCUUGCCAAGCAUCUAAGCAGUGUUGGGUCUCUGGUCAUUGCAAAGAUGGAUGGAACCACAAAUGAGCAUCCUCGGGCUAAGGCUGAUGGGUUUCCAACAAUCCUCUUCUUUCCAGCAGGAAACAAGAGCUUUGAUCCUAUCACUGUUGAUACUGAUAGGACGGUGGUGGCAUUCUACAAGUUCCUCAAGAAGAACGCAGCAAUACCCUUCAAGCUCCAGAAGCCUGAGUCGGCAGUAAAAACUGAGGGCACUGGCAAUGUUGAUUCCUCCUCCAAGAGUGAGAAGAGCGAAGGCACAGGUGCUAAAGAUGAAUUGUAGGGUUAACAUGGAGGUUGUGUGUUUGUUGUAAUUUAGGCAAAUAGGAAGAGUUGCUACACCAACACCACCAAAUCUACAAACCCUAAGUGGUAUAAUCCAGAAUAUAUUGAUGUGGGAAAUUUUGACUGAGCAGUGUCUCGGUUUGCUAUAAGGAGAAAUCUCCAUGUAGGAUGAGACGGGCAGACAAUCAAAUAAAGGAAUGCCCCCUCUUUCUUAUGGAUGAAUCUGUCUGUUGUA